GUCUGUAUACUGACUGUGUGUUGCAUGCUCCGUGGGUGUGAUCUGUGCUGUGUGUUAGCUACAGGCGUGGGGCACGACUGUAUGCUGACCAUGUGUUGCACGCCCCAUGGGUGUGAUGCAUACCCUGUGUGUUAGGUACAGGCGUGGGGCAUGGCUGUAUGCUGACCGUGUGUUGCACGCCCCAUAGGUGUGAUGCAUACUCUGUGUGUUAGGUACAGGCGUGGGGCAUGGCUUUAUGCUGACCGUGUGUUGCACACCCCACGGGUGUGAUGCAUGCUCUGUGUGUUAGGUACAGGCGUGGGGCAUGGCUGUAUGCUGACCAUGUGUUGCACGCCCCGCAGAUGUGUUGUAUACAGCUGGAGGACGGGGGGGACGUACAGGCUCUCAGCUCCUGUUGACAGCGAGUGUUAAAGCCAGGGCCAUGGAGCUGUCGCUGGCCCAGUGGGCGCUCGCCCUGCUCCUGCUGGCCGUGCCCCUGCUCUACGAGUGCAGCGCCUCCUUCAGGUACUUCUGCAAGAUGGCCUUCUACAACGGCUGGAUCCUGACGCUGGCCGUGCUGGUCAUCCCGCUCUGUGCCCUGCGGGGCCGCAGCGUGGAGAACAUGAAGAUCAUCCGGUUCAUGCUGCACCACGUGAAGUACCUGUACGGCAUCCGCAUCGAGGUGCGCGGGCUGGAGCAUUUCAACCUGCCCGAGCCCUACGUCGUGGUGUCCAACCACCAGAGCUCCCUCGACCUGCUGGGGAUGAUGGAGGUGCUGCCCGACCGCUGCGUGCCCAUAGCCAAGAAGGAGCUGAUGUACAUGGGCACCGUGGGGCUGGCCUGCUGGCUCGGCGGCAUCAUCUUCAUCAACCGCAAGAAAACGGAUGACGCCAUCGGCGUCAUGUCGGAGACGGCGCAGACCAUGCUGCGUGACAACGUCCGGGUCUGGGUGUUCCCCGAAGGAACCAGGAACCACAAUGGCUCCAUGCUGCCCUUCAAACGCGGGGCGUUUCACCUGGCUGUGCAGGCCCAGGUGCCCGUGAUCCCCAUCGUGAUGUCCUCGUACCGCGAUUUCUACAGCAAGAAGGAGAGAAGAUUCACAACGGGGCGCUGUCUGAUCCAGGUGCUGGCGCCGAUGCCCACGCGGGGGCUGGGCCCGGAGGCGGUGCCGGCGCUGACGGAGAGCGUGCGCCAGACCAUGCUCGAGGCCUUCGACCGCCUGUCGGGGGAGCUGAGCCCCGGCCAGGACCCCCGCACCCCGCAGUGACCCCCCGACCAGCCACUUGGGGCGGAGCCUAUGCUGAGUGGGCGGAGCCAGCACCGGCCACGCCCACUAGGCAGGGCAGCCAUGGACCAGACCGACUAACCCAGCAUUCUGACACCCCCCUCCCAGCUUAGCCACUUGGUACCUCCCGCUCCCCCACCAUCACCUACCCCUGCCCUGUCAACAUGGACUGAUCCACUCCAGCCUGAACCAUGGACUGAUCCAUUCCAGUUUCUUAAGUGAGGGAGGAGGAUUAAACAAUGGACCGAUCCACUCCAGCCUCCUGCUGGGAGGAGGAACAGAAACUGUGGACCAACCCAUUCUUCCCUCCCACAGGGGGGAGCCGGGGAAAAAAAAAAGGACCUCGUGGACUGUUCCACUCCAACCUCCCCCAGGAAGAAAGUAAGCUGCGGACCAUUCCACUUCAACCUUUCAGGGGAGGAGAGAAAGAAAGGCAGGGACUGUUCCACUCCAGCCUCCUGGUAGGGGGAGGGAAGGAAGUCAGACUCUUCCACUCCAACCUGCUGUUGGGGAGGAAGCCGCGGAUCAGGCCACGGAAGCCACGGAAGCCACGGACUCUACCAGUCCACCCUCCUGCUGCAGGGGAGGAAGCCGUGGAAGAGAUGUUCGUUCUUCCCCCACAUGCCCUCUGCCCUCCAGCUGGGGGCGCACCGUGGAAAGGAGACAGUGCGAGGGACACGAUGGACGGUGCCAUGUGGAAGGGGGGAGUGGACACAGGAGAGACAAACCCCCCCUCCCAGAUUCACUCAUCAGUGGAAGAAUCUUGUCUGGGGAGGGACGGAUGUUUAUUCCCGCCCCCCAAAUCUGGAUGGAUCCUGCCCAGGAAGGGGGCGUCACGUCCCCCGUCGAUGCCCCCAGAGGUGGAGAUACCACAGGAUGGAUGGGGGUGGGAAGGUGGCAUAACCACCCCAGGGGAAAUGGGGAGGGAUGGCCCUGGAGUCCCCCCAGCUGGGGGGAGGGAUUUUCUCCAUGGAUGGGGGGAUCAGAGGAAGGAAGGGGGGUGGAGGGCAGGGGAUCAGGAUCUGCGGCCUGGCUGGGGUGAUGGAGGGCUGAUGGGGGAGGGAAGAAGGGAUAGUGGGGGGCUGGCUGGGGGGCUGGUGGGGGAAGGGAAGGAGGGGUAAUGGGAGGCUGGCUGAGGUGAUGGGGGGCUGGUGGGGGACAGAAGGAGGGGUGAUGGGGGGCUGCAGUGAUGGGGACUGGUGGGAGGGAGUGGGGGUGAUGGGCUGGUGGGGGGCAGAGAAGGGGUAAUGGGGGGCUGGCCAGGAACCCUGGCUUAUGAUGGGGGGGUUUUCAGUUGUGCAGGGGCUCCAUGGUUCAAAUUUUGGGGGGGGGUGUUGGCUUCUGAUUGGCCCCCAGGAACAGGGGGGCCAUGGUAUGUAUUUAUUAACUGUUUCUUUGUCUGUAAUUUGGGGGGGCAAGAUCCUGCCAAUUAUUCCCCCCACCCGGCUGCUCCUUGGGGGACCUGGCGUGAGGUGGGCACCGAGCCCCUAGGGAUCUCCCCAGGAUGCCCUCCCUCAUUAUUGGGGGGGGUCGGGUCCCUGCGCCCGUGACCGUUCUGCUUUUAAUAAACACCAUAGAACGUG